UAUGAACAUCACACGCAAGCAAAGGCAAUAGAACACCGCCUAAUAUUAACAACAACAACAAAAACAAAGUGAAACAUGUAAAAUUGUGCGCAGUUAACAUGAUGCAUGUCAGCACAGUUGUCGUACGGAUGUUAGACGCCAGCUAAAUAAACUAUUCAAUAAUAAACAAUUCAAUUAGACAGGAAUAGCAUUAACGGUGAGCGAAUUAAGCGCGCGAAUAAAGUGAUUUGUCAAAAAUUGUGGUUGGCAAUGUCAAUUUGACAUGUUAUACUGUCACGUCUUCGAAAGCGUCUUAUACUCGACGACCUGUCGAUAAGCAGACGACAAUGCUGCAGUGUUAUCGAUAACGCCAACAAAUUUCAAAGGCGAGCAUUUUCAAAAUACGAAUGGAUUAAAUAGGAGGCCAUGUCAAAUUUGUGGCAGCGACGCAAAUGUCUAGUUAAAGUUAGUUUAAUUCCAAAGCCGGUGCUGUGAACACACAUAAACGGAAACUAGAAAAUAUAUAGUACAUAUAUAUCUUAUUUUUUGUUGUUUUUUUUUCCUGAAUAUUAUUUUUUUUUGGUGUAGUUGCAAACUGCGCAAGUCACUUUGUGAUUAUCCUUUUGUCGUUGUUGUUGAGAUCAUGAUAUCGCCUGAGCACCAUGAAGUUGAUAUGGUGCUGGAUCGCCAAGUGCGCCAGAAUAUUCAGGACAUGAUGCACGAGGCCAAUGUACAAGUAAAUCUACUAAAAAAUGAAGGUGUUUCGGUUCGUGAGCGCUACAAUUCCGAGUCGAGCAUUGAACAGGAUCAGCAAGAGACAAUGGCUGUGCUGGGCACUUUAUCAGCCGAUGAGAUGGUCGAAGAGGAUCAAGACUCGGAGCAGGCCGCACAGGAGAUACAAAACUUCCACGAUAUGGUGGUGGAGACGCACAUGGAUGACAAUGGUUCGUUGCGCAAGCGACGCGGCAAUCUGCCCAAGCAUUCUGUGAAGAUCCUGAAGCGUUGGCUCUACGAACAUCGUUACAAUGCCUAUCCCAGCGAUGCCGAGAAGUUUUCCCUGUCGCAGGAGGCGAAUCUGACCGUGUUGCAAGUGUGCAACUGGUUCAUCAAUGCUCGCCGACGCAUUCUGCCGGAGAUGAUACGUCGCGAGGGCAACGAUCCAUUGCAUUUCACCAUUUCGCGAAGGGGCAAAAAGAUCAGUCCAAACUCAUCGAGCUCCCUCGGCUUGAAUAUAAACGGCACUGAGAAUCCCAUCACAAGCAGUCCUGCCUCGGAAGUGGUUGUUGGUGCCACGGAGGAGGUGCACAGCGCUGCCGAGAUGCACGAUGGAAUUGCGAAUGUGCUGAGCAACUUUGAUCAAUAUGUGCGUACCCCCAAUGGUCAAAUGGUCAAAAUGGAGCCGGAGUUCGAUGACAGCGUCAUUUAUAGUUGGCAGCAAGCAAUAUCAAAAAAUCCGUUGGGUUUUCAGCGGUUGCAUGCCUCGUUGCAGGCGAGCAUUCUCGAUAAGAUUCACAUCUUUCAGUCGCGCAAGGCAACAGCCACAAGUGAAGGCAACAACAGUAUCAGUAGCAGCAUUAGCAACAUCAGCAGCAACUGCAACAGUAGCAGUGGCAGUGGCAGUGGCAAAUACCGAGGCAACACCAAUUUUAAGAUAUCAAAUUUGGAUAGCCAGUUGCCAGUUGACAAAGUGAAACAGGAGAAGACGAUGAGAAAGCGUGCCUGCAAGCGCCACAAAGAGUUCAAAGCAACGCAAAGUGGACCACAUAAGAUUAUUAGGCACGAACAACAUGAAAACGAGCAGCAGAAUCAGGAACAGUUGCAGGAGGAGCAGUCUCAAUCGAAUCUGUCAACGCAAGUGUUUUCUUAUCAGGAUGAUUGCAAUCGUUUUAAGCCUGCACUUAGAUCGGAGGGCGAGGAGAGUGGCGGUGAUUACGAGUCCUGCACGCAGGCUAGCGAGGAAGAAGGACGCUUCGAGAACUCCGAUGACUGGCAGAGUGUCAUUAAGACCGUUUUCAGCACCGAGGAAGUGACAACCACAAAAACUAAUCCAAAUGCCGCCACCAACUCCAGUUCUGAGCAAUUAUUGCCUACGCAGCAGUUGUCUAAAAAUGAGGACAAUCAAAUCUUUGGCGCCGAGGCGGCCACUAUUGUCACCAGCAGCAGCAGUACAACGGAUGUUUCAUUUGCACCCCAGCAGGAGGAGAAUGCUAAUCUCGUCGAAAAUGAUAAUACCCAGUUACAAGUGCAAACGCCUCCACGUCCAGCCUUAAGUCGGGAGGAACGUGAUAAAUAUAAAUGUAUUUAUUAUCUUGUGGAAACGGCAAUGGCUGUGCGUCAAAACGAUACAGGUCAGGAUGGAGAACUUGCCUUCAUGGUCAACUAUUUGAACGACUAAGCUUAACUCUAAGACAAGGAUUUAUUGUACAUAUUUAUAGUAUAUAAUAUGUGAUUUAAAUGCAGGUAUUCUGUAUACCUGUUCUUGUUAAACUUAUUAAUCUUAUUAAAGCGUGUAAGCAUUUCAUAAUAUA